AGGGCAUGGCUGACCUUGAACUAGACCUUCGAACACUGCCUUCUUAUAUUAAGCCAUUUUAAGUGCAGUGAAGAGCUUAGCAUCGCAAGGUAAUUAGCCGUAAUUUGCAGGAUUGAUUGGGCGAUUAUGAUGGCCAUGAAGAAGUCGUUUUCUCUACUGUUUUUCCUACCUUUCCUUCUCCUCGCCAUCAUCUACUUCGUUAUCUUCCCCAACGAAUUCAGGCUCCAAUCCUCGCUCGCGGCGUGCGGCGACAGCGCGCCGGCGACGGCGGCCGACGCGGUGGCGAAGGCGGCCCCGGACAUCCGCGUGCUCCUCGGCGUGCUCACCCGCGCCGACAAGUACGAGCGGCGCGCGCUGGUCCGCCUCGCCUACGCGCUCCAGCCGGCGCCCGCCCGCGCCGUGGUCCACGUCCGGUUCGUCGUGUGCAACCUCACCGCCGAGGAGGACGCGGCGCUGGUGGGGCUGGAGAUCGCCGCGUACGGCGACAUCAUCGUGCUCGACUGCACGGAGAACAUGGACAACGGCAAGACGUACACCUACUUCUCGGCCGUCCCGCGGCUGUUCGCCGGCGAGCCCUACGACUACGUCGGCAAGACGGACGACGACACCUACUACCGCCUGGGCGCGCUCGCCGACGCGCUCCGGGACAAGCCGCGGCGCGACGCGUACUACGGGUUCCUGACGCCGUGCCACGCCGACCCGAGGACGCAGUACAUGUCCGGCAUGGGGUACGUCGUGUCGUGGGACGUGGCGGCGUGGGUGGCGGCGACGCCGGAGCUCCAGAACGACCUGAAGGGGCCGGAGGACAAGCUGUUCGGCCGUUGGCUGCGGUGGGGUGGCAGGGGGAGGAACGUGUUCGGCGCGGAGCCGCGGAUGUACGACUACCUCGACGGCGGGAUGCGGCACGGGCCGACGUGCUUCCGCCACCUGCUCCAGGCGGACACGGUCGCCGUCCACAAGCUCAAGGACAACCUGAAAUGGGCGCGAACGCUCAACUUCUUCAACGCCACCGAGGGCCACAAGGCUUCCCCGCUGUUCCAUGUGGACCACUAAGACUUGUGAUUCUUUCAAAUUCAUUUCUUUUUGUUAGGCAACGAAUUUUCACAGAUUUAAUUACUAACUUGUUCAGCUCUCCAAGAGCAAGUUCAAUGGUAGCAACUGCCUAUAACUAUUGCCACAUCAUUUACAGCUAAAUUUAUUAGCCUAAUACAAUAAUUUGCUGUAUAUACAUAGAGAUGAAGAAAGUCUCGUAUACAUAUUUAGGGUAAUUUUAUUAGUCUUGAUAAAAUAUCGGAAGAUAUCACAUUUUCU